UAGUUUUUGUUUAAAAGAUGGGAAGAUAUUUAUAGGAUGAGGAAAGAAAAGAUGGGAAGAUAUUUAGAAAUGAUGAGCUGAUAAACGGUUUCCAUAUUGUGAAGAACAUUUAGAAAAAGUAACGACUUUCCCCAUUACUUACAAUGGCUUCUUCCACCUUCAGCUGGUCUAACAUCCCUCACACACAUAGAUACCAAAAUCCCAAACCUAGAAUCCAACCUCCCUUCUCAAAUUCUCUCAUCAACAACCAAUCAUCCUCCGAGCCCGGUCCACAGGUCCGCAAACCCAAGGGCAGCCCCCAAUUGAAUCGCUGGUCUAGGGCUCGCGCUUUGCGAUCGGGGCACAAAUUGGAGCGCCACAGCAAUCGGGCUGCUCAGGCCGUCGAGCUGCGAUCUCCCGAUUCCCCCACUGACAGAGCCCCCCGGGAGCCUGCCUUUAAAGGACGAGAUGGUGACGAUGAUGUGGAGAGAACAGUUGGGAAGUCUAUUUACAUGGUGUCUGAUGGCACUGGAUGGACGGUGGAGCACUCCGUCACCGCCGCCUUGGGUCAAUUCACUCAUUGUUUAGUCGACCGUGUUUGCCCUGUUAGCACCCAUUUGUUUUCUGGGAUUGAUGAUGUAGAGCGAUUACGGGAGAUAGUAAAACAAGCAGCCAAAGAGGGUGCUAUGCUUGUUUAUACCUUAGCCGAUCCGUUCAUGGCUGAAUCUGCGAAACAAGCUUGCAAAUUGUGGGGCAUUCAAUCUAAUGACAUAUUGGGGCCAUUAACAGAAGUUGUUGCAUCUCAUCUAGGUGUCUCACCAUCCGGUCUUCCUCGUGGGGCUUUCGGCAAUAAUAUCCCACUGACUGAUGAGUACUUCCGUCGGAUAGAAGCUAUUGAGUUCACAAUCAAACAAGACGAUGGUGCAUUGCCUCAAAACUUGAACAAAGCUGACAUUGUUCUUGCUGGUGUAUCGCGAACAGGGAAGACACCUUUGUCGAUUUAUCUUGCACAAAAGGGUUAUAAAGUGGCUAAUGUGCCAAUCGUAAUGGGGAUCAAACUCCCGAAGAACCUGUUCGAAGCAGACCCUGAAAAGGUGUUUGGUCUGACUAUAAAUCCAAUUGUUUUGCAAACAAUAAGAAGAGCAAGAGCCAAGAGUUUGGGAUUUAGUGAAGAAAUGAGAAGUACCUAUUCAGAAAUGGAUUUUGUUAGAGAGGAGCUGGAUUUUGCUGGGAAGAUAUUUUCUCAAAACCCCACAUGGCCUGUGAUAGAGGUAACAGGGAAGGCCAUAGAAGAAACUGCUGCCGUCAUAUUGAGGCUUUACCAUGAUAGAAAACACAAGUGUUCAAUGCCAAGAAUAUCAAAGCGCUACUAGAGACUAGGGCAAAAUACAGGUGUUUGAAAUUUACUUAUAGUAAACCGUAGCUGAUGAUCAUAAUCCAGUUCGUAAAUAAGGGCAAACCUACACUUUGUACAGUUACUACUUGUAAUUGGUCUUAACAAUUGAAAGUAAAAGUUCCUAUACUCGUUCUGUGGGCUCUGUGGGCGCUGAAGGACUAGGCUAGUUGUUUACUUGACGAGCAUAUGAGAAAGUUUCAGUUUUGGAUGCUAUCAUGAUCUAUUUUUACCUUUAUAGUUCCUGUAAGAAGCCUCAGCACAGAGAACUUGCAUUUCAUUUUUAUUUUGCGGCAGUGUUUAGCCAAUUGUUUUCAUGACUAUAAAACUUUAAUACCUUUAGUGAAUGUAUUUUAUUCUUUCCACAAA